AUGGCUUGGAAACGUCCACAUAUCUGUCUUCUGACAGUUAUCAUUCUUUUAUGUUUUAACUUAGUUAAUGCCCAAAAUGAGGAAGUUAAUGCUCAAGAUGACGUGAAACCUAAUGAUCUUACUAUUGAAGCAAUUUUUGACUUGAUGGCCAUUUCAUUAAUUAUAUUUAGCAUAGAUGCUGUACAUGCUUCUAGUUCAAGGAUUACAAAAUUAAAUUAUUUCUCAUUACGAAUGAUUAGUUAUUUCUUUCAAUCAGUUAUAUUAUCUUUAUCGAUUUAUUUCACCAUUCGAAUUUAUCAACGUACUAGGGAUUUCUUUUAUAUUCAAUAUCUUAUUACUUCUCUUGCUUUCACUGCCAUGAAUUUUAUCUUUGAUAUCAUUAUUAAACUUGAACCGGAUAUUUUAUCUUCUAGUGAAUUUAUUGUUCAUUUAAUUUUUUUUAUUUUAGCUAUUAUGAAAGGAUAUAUUACCAAUUCUUCCUAUUUAUUUAUACUUUUACCUUCAUUAUUUGUUAUUUUUUAUCCGAUUCUUGUUUACUUGGUGGGAAUUAUUCGAGGUAAAGCGAUUCUUCCUUCUAGAAAGGAUGAAGGUUCUACGUGCACUGGAAGACUAGUAUCAGUUAUCUUAGCAUUUAUCUUUGGAGAGUUAAUGAAUCGUGGUUUGUUAGAAGAUGAUAAGAUCUUUCCAGUCAUGGCUGCUAUAAAAGAAAAGAUGAGAUUGGGUUCAGUUUGUGCCCAUUUUCUUUUUUGUUUAGUUGUUGGGUCAUCAGUCUUAUGGAUUAAAGCCUAUCUUACUUCGUUGGUUAUAUAUGCUUCGGUAGACGUUAAGAUCAGAGAACUCAGAAAUAAAAGAAACAAGAAUAAACAUAAAGUUGCGGAUGAGAAUAAAAAUGGAUCAAUACCUGUAGUUUAA